AUGUCAGAUAAAACCUACAAUGUAUUGUAUAAACCCGACACACCAAGCUCGGUUAUCGAUAAGCAUGAAGCAGACUUUAAGGCCCAAGGUGCUAAAGUAGUCAGGAAUAAACUAUACAAGGGUCUCAUGGUAACCAUGCCAGAAGCUAAUUUCACUGUAUUCUCUGCUCAGAAGGAUCCGCACAUUGAUACCAUAGAGGCUGAUGGUGAGGUUAAAACACAAUGA